UCUUCUCAGCUGCUCUGCACCAGCCCCAAGCACAGGCACCCCAGAAGAUGGACACCUCUCCUGCCCUGCUCCUGCUGCUCACUCUGGGAUUCUGCUGCCCUGGCAUUUAUGGCCAGUCACUUGAGAUAAAGGUCAGGUCUCCCAAGGACAUCGGCCAGCUCCGGGUGGGACAGAGGCUGGAGCUGGAGUGUCACACUGACAGGAACUCUGGGGCACUCUGGAUCCAUCAGGACAGGAGUGGGACCCUUCACUUCAUUGUCUUCAUCAAUUCCUUUUCCCGGGCCACGUUUGAGGGGAGUCAGAGAACAUCCCCUCGCUUUGAGGCGAGCAGAGAGAACGCGAUCUAUCGGCUGGCAGUGAAAUCUUUCACACCACAGGACGAGGGGAGAUAUUUCUGUGUGAUGAGUCUCAACCUAAUGCUGCACUUCAGCCCUGGCCAGCGUGCCUUCCUCCCAGCCACCACUGCAGUGGCACCCAGCACACCAGGACCCACCACCCAGGGGAGCACCACUGAAGGGGACUCCUGCCUGAAGACACCAGAUCCAGACAGCAGAAUGCAGAAAGACCUGGAUUCCUCCUGUCUUGCCUUCCUCUGCAUCACCUCAGCAGGCCUCUGUCUCCUGCUCCUCCAGCUGCUGGCUACCACCAUCGUGCUGCAUCAACUUAAGGCUCACCACUAG